AUGAGGGACAACGGACCCUGCCAGCACACGCUGUCAGACGACGUGAUCUACAAAGACGUUGUUGUCAUCGGCAACGGUCCCAGCGGCUUAGUGACUUCAUUCAUGCUCGCAGGCAAUGUGCCGUAUCUGAAGAAGGAGAUUCCCGAAGACUUACCAAUUGACGAGAUGCUCAGAGCCAGACUAUCAAACCUGCCACCAGGACAGAACCUACUGGAAACCGACCUCAUGGAGCUCGCUGAAGGCCUGGAAGGCAGGAGUCACAACCCGAUACCUUUGCUGAUGGACAAUCUGCUGCGACCCUGCGCGGAUUUGGGACUACACGCCGACUCCCUGAUAGAAUGGAAGUACGACGUUGAGAAACAGAUAGAGCACGUGGUGCUGGGCAGGGGCCAGCCGGGCGGCUCCUGGCACACCUUCCCAGCAGACCUGCUCACCCUGUCCCCUGCGGGCUGGCUGGCGCUGCCGCCCCACAGGUCUGCGGCGAGGAAUCCCCACGCGCGGCUCCCAGCCCGUGCACUGGCCAGCUACUGCCGGCGCUACGUGCGCCUUUGCAACCUGCAGCGGUUCUUCAGGUCGGGCGUGAUAGUGACCAGCCUGACGGUGGCGCCCAGGGCUCCGGGCCCGCCCUGCGCCAGCCGGGGCUGCCCCCGCGCAGCUGCCUUCAACGUGUCCGGGUACGACACGCGGUCCGCGCGCCGCGUGCGCUACUCGUGCGCGCGCGUUGUGCUCGCGUGCGGCGCGGCGGACGCGCCCAACGCGCCCAGCGCCGCCGCCGCGCCGCACGCUCUGCGCGACCUGGCCGCGCUGCAGCGCCUGCCCACGCCCACGCCCGCGCCCCACUCCGCGCCCACGCCCACGCCCGCCGCGCUCGUCGUGGGCUCCGGCCUGAGCGCGGCCGACGCCGUGCUGGCGCUGCGCCCCUCGCGCCGCGUGCUGCACGUGCACAGGGCGCCGCCGCCCGCGCUCGCCCGCCUCCCGCCCGCCGCCUACCCGGACUACUGCCAGGUCUACCGGAUGAUGUGCGACGGGCCCGCCGGCGGCCACCGCAACUACACGCCGUACCCGGACCACGUGAUAGUGGAUGUGACGCCCGUCCACGGCGGCAGAGAAGACCAAGAGACCGACGAGAAGCUCCGCCUCAAAAGGGUCACACUCCUCGACCCGGCUAACAACCGCACCGUGGAAGUGACCGUCUCCCUCAUACUGGUGCUCAUCGGCUCCAGGCCCGACCUGUUCUUCCUGCAGACCAACUUCGGCCUGGAGGGGGGCGACUGCAGAUGCGAGGCGGAGCGCAGGAGCAAAUCGCGGUGCUACAUCAAGGACCGCUGGCAACGGCUGAAGUCGGCCUUCGGGCAGGCGCAGACCAGGUCCACAUACCUGGAGGAGGGACUGCAGAGCAAGUCCAAGUAUUUGACGGAGGAGAAAGAGCCAUACAGCGAGUCCAAAAGUCUGGGGGAGUCGGAGUCCGGGACUCCGGGAAGGGAGGCCUACACCAGAUACCUCGAGGACGGGCUGCAGAGCGAGUCGCUGCAGAGCGAGUCCAAAAGCCUGGGCGACGGGCGGCAGAGCAGCGAUAGUGGGGGGGAGGCGCAGGAGUGCGCCUACGCGGGCUCGUCCGGCGGGCUGGGCUUCGGCGUGGACCCCUCGCGGCCGGUGGACGGGCGCGCCAACCCCGUGGCGGUGGCCGCGGCCAGCCACGAGCUGCUGCGCGCGCCCGGCCUCUACGCGCUCGGCCCCCUCGCCGGGGACAACUUCAUCCGCUUCAUCCCGGGCGGCGCGCUCGCCCUCGCCGCCCACCUGCACCGCCAGCUCAAGCCGCAGCCCCACCAC